UUACUAUUACUUAUUUUAGAUUUUUAGCCAUCGAACACAUACAAACUAAAUUUAGUCAAUAUUUAGUCUUACUAAUUCUACCAGACAUACUAGAACUAAGUAUACGAUUUGUAUUUAUAUUUAAUUAAUGGUUUGUUUUAUCAAACAUUCUCCAGUCAUGAAACAUAACCAGUAAUGCUCGUCAACCAACAGCGUUAUAACAUUUAAAAAUGACACAAUAUUUAUUUGUGUUUACCAUUUUGGCGUUGACCCAUGUGUUUGGAAAUUGCUCUCUGGGAGAUAGCUUCCCGUCUUACAGAAAUUGUGUUGUAGAAUGUUCACAGAAACGAUGCGACAAGGAUGGAGUGAGAUACAAGAGAAGCUGUUGUCUUGUGGUUUUAGAAGUUUUUAAGUGGAAAUGUUCUGAAAACUGCAAAUAUGACUGCAUGUGGCCGAUGGUUGAAGGUUUGGUGGAACGUGAUUGGCCAGUUCCACAGUUUCAUGGAAAGUGGCCAUUUAAAAGAUUGCUUGGUUUACAAGAACCUGCAUCUGUAGCAUUUUCAUUAUUAAAUUUAUUUACGAAUUUGAUAAUGUUCAACCGUUUCAAAGAGCAAAUUCGCUUCACUUUACCAUCAUGUAAUAUAUGGUCUCUGUACACAUUGGUAUCAGCCAAUUGUUGGUUUUGGUCAGCUGUGUUCCAUGGUCGAGACACUAUGUUUACUGAACUAAUGGACUACAUUAGUGCUUAUGCUAUGGUUUUAUUUGCAUUUUAUACGAUUGGUCAUCGAAUUCUAUUGUACAGUAAUCAAAUUGUGAAGAAUACAUUUAUGGUCAUUUGUUCUCUUGCAUUUAUCUAUCAUUCGUUAUAUCUACUUACUACAGAAUAUGAUUACAAGUACAAUAUGACAACAAAUCUUCUAGUUGGCGCUGUAACAGGCACAGCAAUGCUAAUAUGGGCAGUGUUGAAUCGUCGUAGAAUGGGCCAUGGUAAAUAUUUGAUAUUUUAUGUACUUGGCAUGACUUUAGCUUCACUACUAGAGCUAGCAGAUUUUCCACCACUUCUGUGGACAUUUGAUGCACAUUCACUCUGGCAUUUAGCAACAGCCCCGAACGCGUAUUUCAUGUACAAAUUUGCCAUUGAAGACUGUAAACAUCAGCGUCGAAUGUUACUGAAAUGACAGUUUCUUGCACUGGGGAUACCUCAGAUACAAGAUGAAUAAGACUUUAAUAAUGAAUUUAGUUUUCCUGGCCUACUAAUCUUUAACUGACAUUUUUAGGUUUAAAUAAUAUAUUUUUACUUCCUGAUUAUAGCUCACCGUGAUAUUUAAAUGAGUUAUAAUAUAAUAAUUAGUGUUAUUACAGUUGUAAUAAUUACAAUUAUAUAACUAUUUCCUCAUUUAAUUUAUUUAUGUUAUUUUUGUAUACAAAUUUUACCACAAUAUGUUAACCCAUCAAACUGGAUUUUUAUAUAUAAGUUAACCAUAAUAUAUUAGAUGUGUUAUAUACAAAUAUGACAUAAGACUAAGUAACUAUCGAUCAAAUAUUUUACUCUUAUGUUUAUUGAGUCUCCACAAUACUACAACUUACCAAGAAAUAACUACUACCUGUAUCCAAUAUUAUUUAGUAUUUACUAGCUAUUAGUAUAUUUUUAUGAAUCUCACAAAAGUUACUCCGUUAUUGUGAUAAAAUGUUAACAAAUCUGUUAUAUAAUUACAUAUUUAAGUUUUCUUGUGCAUUUCAUUGCCAUAUGGUUAUUUUCUUUUGCUUAUU